AUGCAGCGUGACCGCCUGCAUCAUCGGGCUUAUCACAAGGGCGAUCAUCGACCCUCUCGCUCAAAGCUUUAUCUUAUUGCAGUCUCUAUAUAUGCCAAAAACGCCCUACCACCAUCCAAGAUGAUGACAUCCAACAUUCUGUCCCGUUUCCUCCCUCCCAACGGCUCGCCGUCGGUGUACGAGACGAUCCGACAACAUGAUGCAGACUCAGACUCUUCAGAUAUUGAGGAACGUGCAGGCUUGAUGCCGGAACAUGACCAGAAUGAAGGGUUCAAUGACCGUGAAUUGGAAGAGUCCAUGGCUGAUGCAGGGAGAGAUGGGUCGUCGAGCCCGACUCCGAGUGAACCAUUUCUCAGUCAACGUAGUCCGCAAAGGGCUACCAGUAAAAGGGCCCACGGCUCGACGGGCUCUCGCCGUCGUAGGCUUAGACGGAUGCAGGCAUCUUCUCCACAUCAUGAUCCUGAUGAUGCGGAUGACGACGUCCCUGCCUCUCUCCUGGUAGAGGGGCGGCAGGAUGACGAUGAGUUAAAGACACGACUUCCUCCACCCCCACCAUCUCAUCAUCGUCAAAACGACGAACCUCCUAUCCCCGGGCCUUCAUCUCGAGGGGACCGAGCUCGCUGGGAAACUACUCAAGGCCGACCGCCGUUGCACGCAGCCCCCCGAAGACACCGCCCAGGGAUGAUCUGGUCCCUACGACAUCCGAGCUUGGCCACGGUCGAUCCCAAAGAAAAGGCAAUGUGGAUGUGGGCCAACGUAGAAAACCUAGACAAUUUCUUGAAAGAUGUUUAUACGUAUUUUCUAGGCAACGGAAUCUGGUCCAUACUGCUGAAUCGAGUUCUUGGCCUCCUAACGUUUGCGUUUGUUGUCGGGUUCAGUACGUUUCUCACGAAUUGCAUUGACUACCACAACGUUCGUGGAAGCAAGAAACUGGACGAGAUCCUAAUCCAGAAAUGCACCAAAAAGAUGUCCAUGUCAUCCACCUUACUACUCUGGCUGCUUACUCUGUUUUGGAUCGGGAAGGCGUUUCAGUAUCUAUUGGACAUCCGGAGGCUCAAGCAAAUGCAUGAUUUCUAUCACCAUCUACUUGGAAUAUCUGACGCUGAGAUUCAGACAAUCUCAUGGCAAGAGGUCGUUAGCCGGCUGAUGACCCUCAGAGACUCGAAUCCCGCAACGGCCGGGGCGCUUUCUGCGGCGCACCGCAAAUUUAUGGGCAGCCAGUCCAAGCAGCGGAUGGAUGCCCAUGAUAUUGCUAAUCGGCUGAUGCGCAAAGAGAACUAUCUAAUUGCUCUAGUGAACAAGGAUAUCUUAGAUCUGACGCUCCCCAUCCCAUUCCUUCGAAACCGACAGCUGUUUUCGCGGACCCUGGAAUGGAACAUCAACCUCUGCAUUAUGGACUACGUCUUCAAUGAUCAGGGCCAAGUGCGAACGUUGUUUUUGAAAGAUACGCAUCGGAAGGCACUGAGUGAGGGCUUACGGCGGCGGUUUAUCUUUGCAGGCAUUAUGAACAUUUUUGUCGCCCCUUUCAUAGUUGUCUAUUUUCUGAUGCACUACUUCUUCCGUUAUUUCAAUGAGUUCAAGAAGAAUCCGUCCCAGAUCGGAUCUCGGCAGUACACUCCCCUGGCCGAGUGGAAGUUCCGGGAGUUCAAUGAACUCUGGCAUCUCUUUGAGCGCCGACUGAACAUGUCCUACCCCUUUAGCAGUCGCUAUAUCGAUCAAUUCCCCAAGGACAAAUUGAUUCAAGUUGCUGGCUUCGUGGCGUUCGUCUCCGGCGCCCUAGCUUCCGUAUUGGCUCUGGUAUCCAUUGUGGACCCCGAAUUGUUCCUGGGCUUCGAGAUCACGCAUGACCGCACUGUUCUUUUCUAUCUCGGCAUCUUUGGGUCUGUCUGGGCUUUUGCGCGGGGGGUGGUCCCGGAAGAAACGAACGUGUUUGAUCCCGAAUAUGCGCUGCUAGAGGUGAUCAAUUUUACCCACUACUUUCCUAGCCAUUGGAAUGGUCGGUUGCACAGCGACGAUGUUCGCCGGGACUUCGCGAUGCUCUACCAGGUGAAGGUGGUGAUUUUCCUCGAGGAGAUCUUGAGCAUGAUAUUCACGCCCUUUAUCCUGUGGUUCAGUCUGCCCAAAUGCAGCGAUCGGCUCAUCGACUUCUUCCGCGAAUUCACCGUGCACGUCGAUGGGAUGGGGUAUCUCUGUUCCUUUGCUGUGUUCGACUUCAAGAAGGGCACGAACGUGAUAUCUCAGGGCGAUGCCGGGCGACAACACUCGGCGCGGCAAGAUCCCCGGGCCGACUACUUUUCUACCAAGGACGGGAAGAUGUUGGCGUCGUACUAUGGAUUUCUGGAUCACUACGGUGGCACCAACCGCGCCGCCCACCCGUCCAGCAAACGGCCGUUCCAUCCUCCCCCUGCGUUCCCGACGUUGGGGUCCCCCUCCGUGGUUGAAAUGGGCCAUGUCGGUGGCGACCGGGCGUCCACCCUCGGGCCGCGCUUUGGAGCGGCUGGCCUAGGAGAUCAUGCCUCCCCUGCCCCUUCAGUGCUCCUAGAUCCCCAUCAUCAACCGUCCGCGUCGGGCUUUAGGACCGUUCCUCGCAAUGCGGCAUAUUCCCGUUAUCGGCUCUCACGGCCGGGACGGGCUAUCUCGGACCCGAUUGAGGAUGACGACGAGUCCCCCUCCACAGAGACACGCAGUCCCGCGAUGAGGAAAUCGCUACACAGUGGGGCGACGGGAACUAGCGACAGUAACCUGGGGGAUUCGUGGCGGAUGAAUGUGAUGGGGGACAUCGAGGAUGACGAGGGGGAGGACGGAGGGGAGAAUGUGGAAGCAAUUGCCGGAGGGGCGGGAGUGUUGGGGCUUAUCCAGCAGUUCCAGAAAGUACACCAGGACCGACGAGCGGUGGGGAUAUAG